AUGGGAGAAAGCAAUUGCACCCAAGCGACCGAGUUCAGCUUAACGGGGUUCACAGAGGACCCAGUGACUCAGGUCACCCUCUUUCUGAUGUUUCUGUUCACCUAUCUUGUCACCGUCCUGGGGAACCUGGGGAUGAUCAUGUUAAUCAGGGCCAGCCCCCAGCUCCACUCCCCCAUGUAUUAUUUCUUGGGUAACCUGGCUUUUGUAGACUUCUGUUCUUCCACCGUCAUCACUCCCAAGAUGUUGGUUGACUUCAUAUCAGAGAAAAAGGGCAUUACUUAUGCUGGGUGCGUGGCUCAGGCGUUCACUUUUGAUCUUUUGGGGAUCACCGAAUGCUUCCUGCUGGCUGUGAUGGCGUAUGACCGUUACGUGGCCGUUUGCCAUCCCCUGGUGUAUCCCCUUGUCAUGUCCCCAAAACGCUGUUUCCAGCUGGUGAUUAGGUCAUAUCUUGUGGGGUUGACAAAUGGUGUGGGACAGACUAUCGGCAAGUCCAGUUUAUCCUUCUGUGGCUCCAGCAUCAUCGACCUGUUCUUCUGUGACAUUUCCGCUCUGAUAUCACUCUCAACCUCCGACACCACCCUCAGCCACAUUAUCCUAAGAACUUCAGCAUCUUCAUUAGGUGUGUCCAGCAGCCUGGUUGUCCUGGUCUCCUAUGUGGCCAUCAUCUCUGCUAUCCUGAGCAUCAGUUCAGCCGAGGGCAAACGCAAAGCCUUCUCCACCUGCACCUCCCACCUCACCACCGUGAGCAUCUUCUAUGGGGCAUCGCUUUUUAUGUACUUAAAGCCCAGCUCAGACAGCUCAAGAGAAGAAGAUGAAUGGGCUAUGGUGCUCUACACUGUGGUGACUCCCAUGCUGAACCCCUUGAUCUACAGCCUGAGGAAUAAGGAGGUGAAGGAGGCUUUGAGGAGACUCACAAAAAUAAAAUGA